AUGCUCGUCACCAAGCCCAGCCUUUCCCUCGCCCUCCCUUCCGUAUCCCUCCCAAACCCUAACCUCAAUGCUGGCUGGGCUACGCCCUUCGCCUCGUCUCGGCCCCGCAGCCUCCGCGUGUCGGCCUCCUCCUCCCUGGCGCCCCAGCCCGCGGCCGCGGCGCUGAACCGCGUGGGCAUCCUGUCGGAGGCGCUCCCCUUCAUCCAGCGGUUCAAGGGCAAGACGGUGGUGGUCAAGUACGGCGGCGCGGCGAUGAAGUCCCCGAAGCUGCAGGCGUCGGUGAUCCGCGACCUGGUGCUCCUCUCCUGCGUCGGCCUGCGCCUCGUGCUCGUGCACGGCGGCGGACCGGAGAUCAACUCCGUGCUGCAUCGCUUCGGCGUCGAGCCACAGUUCCGCAACGGCCUCCGCGUCACCGACGCGGCCACCAUGGAGGUGGUGGAGAUGGUGCUGGCAGGCAAGGUCAACAAGCACCUCGUCUCCCUCGUCUGCCUGGCCGGCGCCACGGCCGUCGGCCUCUGCGGCAAGGACGCGCGCCUCCUCACCGCGCGGCCCUCCCCGGACGCCGCGGAGCUCGGCUUCGUCGGCGAGGUGGCGCGCGUCGACCCCUCCGUGCUCCAACCCAUCAUCGCCUCCGGCCACAUCCCGGUCAUCGCCACCAUCGCCGCCGACAAGGUCGGGCAGGCCUACAACAUCAACGCGGACACCGCAGCGGGGGAGAUCGCCGCCGCCAUUGGCGCCGAGAAGCUGCUGCUGAUGACCGACGUGUCUGGAAUACUCGCGGACCGGGAUGACCCAGGGAGCCUUGUGAAGGAGAUCUACGUCGCCGGGGUUCGGCGGAUGGUGGACGAGGGCAAGGUGGGCGGCGGGAUGAUUCCCAAGGUGGAGUGCUGCGUGCGCGCGCUGGCGCAGGGCGUGCGCACCGCGAACAUCAUCGACGGCCACGUCACGCACUCGCUACUGCUGGAAAUCCUCACCGACGAGGGCACAGGUACCAUGAUCACGGGCUGA